AACGCACGAUGCGUCUCCGCCCACAACAAUAAGAUUGUGGCGACGGCGGCGCUUGUACCGCAUAAUAAGACUGUUGUGCUCUACACAUUUUCCAUCGCUCCUGCUUUGAGAGAACCGAGUGAGCCUAUGGAGGAGAAGGUGGAAGACGAGAUUUUGCUGGAGCAGGAUGGCCCUUCAUGUCCUCUUUCCAAGAGUUUCCGGGUGGACCAGGAUGUGACCAGGUCCAGGAGGGACAACCGCGGCUGCUUUGUUAAUCCCUGGUCUACCUGGAAGUUCCCAUCAAACUUAACCCUCCUUCGGUUUUGUCUUUUGGACAAAGACAACAGCAAUAUCCCCACGUGUAAAGAGGUGCUGGACCGGGAGCUGCCAGUGUUGGAGCCCUACUUCAUUCAGGACCCUCAGGAGGUGGGACAGACAGCCAUGGGAUUGAGGGUGACAUGGCUGGGUCAUGCCUCGGUGCUGGUGGAGAUGGAUGACCUGGUGGUGCUGACUGACCCGGUGUUCAGCCAACGAGCAUCACCGGUACAGUUUGCAGGGCCCAAGCGGUUCCGGGGCCCGCCUUGCUCCGUGGACCAGCUGCCCCGGGUGGAUGCUGUGCUCAUCAGCCAUUCGCACUAUGACCAUUUGGAUGUCAAUUCGGUGAUGGCCUUGAACAUGCGUUUCGGUAAGAAGCUGCGCUGGUUUGUGCCACUGGGACUGCUUGACUGGAUGCGCAGUUGCGGCUGUGAGAAUGCCGUUGAGCUGGACUGGUGGGAAAAGGACUGCGUUCCAGGUCGCAACGAUGUCGCCUUCUUCUUCACUCCAUCCCAACACUGGUGUGGGCGCACACUUCUGGAUAAAAACCGAGUGCUGUGGGGCAGCUGGACCGUUCUGGGCCCCCACAACCGCUUCUUCUUUGCCGGGGACACGGGCUACUGCACCGCUUUCCAAGAGAUUGGCAGGUGCUUUGGUCCCUUUGACCUGGCUGCCGUGCCCAUCGGCGCAUACCUGCCCAGAGAUGCACUGAAGUCUCAGCAUGUGGACCCCGAGGAGGCAGUACGCAUCCACAUCGAUAUUCAAGCCAAGCAUUCCCUUGGAAUACACUGGGGCACCUUUACUUUAGCCUGUGAGUAUUACUUGGAUCCUCCUGUGAAACUCAAAGAAGCAAUGCAGCAGUUGGGACAGGAUGAAGACAAGUUCUUUGUGCUUAAGCAUGGAGAAUCGAGGCUUCUGAACCCUUCCUGAGAAUGUCUGAACAGACCCAACCCCCCCCACCCUGAAUUGUUAAGGCAGCUACUAUGAGUUUGGUCUCAAACUUGCCCCUUUUUUGUAAACUUCAGAAAUUGUUUACACCUUUCGAUUGUAUCUGUUUGAAGAUAAUGCUAGGGCAUCUAGAGAACUGACAGAUUUAUCUGGAUUACAGAUUGUGAAAUGACUAAUUUUUGGCAUAUGCAAAUUUGUGCCAGUCAAAGUUGUGAGAACAUCAUAAAACAUUCAUAUAUUUGACAUUUUUACUGCAUUACCUUAAGUCACUGGAGAAGAAAUUCACAGUAUUAACUUAAUUGAAUUGUAACUUGAUUUUUUUUCCAUACAUUUGAUCAUGCCUUAAAGCUCAUUAAAACAAGAAUGUCAGAAGUUAAUUUAGUGCAUCGUUCACCAUAUUUCUGUCUUGCUGUUUAGAUCAUGCAUUUUAAAAC